UCCUCUCUCUCCAUCUCUCUCGAUCGUCGCUCUCUCUGUAACACGAAACCCUCACCCAUUUUGGGAUCGAAAACCCUUGCUACCGCCACCUCGCCGUGCCAUGUCUGCCAGAUGCUGGCCACGGUGAGCCCUUACUCUCUGUGUUUGUCACACUCACUCACUCUCUUCCAUUCUCUCUUUCUGUCUCCGCCUCUCUGUCUCUCUCUGAAAUUUUCCACCCGCCGACCACCCCACUACCUCUCACUAGCGUACUUCUCCUCCUUCUGCCGUCUCUCACUUUCCCUCCUUCCGCGUCUGUCUCCGUCAAUCUUCUGUCCCUCUCAUUCUCUCUGUCUCCGUCACACUCUCUCUCAGGCGGACGACUACCCACUUCCGCCUUCCCUCUCAGUUUCCACUCCCUCACUCUCUGUCUCACCCUCUCGGUUUCUCCUCUCUCUCUCUCUAGCUCCGCAGCACACACAAUCUGUUUAUUUCUACCUAAGACCCACCACACCCAUUCAAGAGACCACUGCGCCUUCAGCUUACGAGACGGGAAUGACCACAGGAAGCAGCAGAGCUCGGGACGCCUGUGAUCAUCCAGAGAUUCUCCCCUUCGUGUGUUGGUGGGGCCAUUUGCAGGCCAGGGUACAAAAUACGUCCGUAUCAGCAUGCAUUAAUAUAUAUGUGAAAAUUGAAACUUAUAAUUUAAGAGUAUUUGUGUGUCUUUAUAUCUAUAUCUAAAAUUACUACUUAUUUAAAGUUUUUUUCUAUUCUUAGAUUUAGAUUUGAAUUUUUUAUGUGCUCAGUUUCUCCAAUAAAUUUUAGGUGAAUUUAAUA